GGCCUACACCGACCGGGUUGUUACUCCAGGCCCAACCCGAACAAAGUAUAUAAAUAUAACACAUCGUCGUUAGGGUUUCUGCAGUUCCUCACUAUCACUCCAUAGCCGUUCGUGAAUCAAGAAAAAAUGGCAAUUAAGAUGUUCGAGUUGAGGAGCAAAACCAAAGCUGAUUUGCUGAGCCAGCUGAAGGAUCUGAAGGCGGAGCUCGCUUUGCUCCGAGUCGCCAAAGUCACCGGCGGUGCACCUAACAAGCUCUCUAAAAUCAAAGUUGUGAGGCUUUCAAUUGCACAAGUGUUGACUGUGAUUUCACAGAAGCAGAAAGCUGCGCUGAGAGAGGUUUAUAAGAAUAAAAAGUAUUUACCACUUGACCUUCGUCCCAAGAAGACUCGUGCUAUUAGAAGACGCCUUACCAAACACCAGGCAUCAUUGAAGACAGAACGAGAGAAGAAGAAGGAGAUAUACUUUCCACUAAGAAAGUAUGCAAUCAAAGCUUAGGCUAGGAUUGCUUUCUAGUUGCAUUGUAGACCAGUUAUUUGAAAUAUUGAACUUUAAGGUUGCCUAAUUUGUUUGUCUGGCAGUGUAGCCUAUGCGUUCCAAUUUUUGUGUAGUUACAUUUCUGAUUUCCAUUAUAGCUUCUGUAUGCAACUAAUCUAUCUCUCUUGAGAGUUCCCAAAGCUUAUGAUCAGUGAUGUUAUCCUUUUGAGACUACUCAAACACUUAAAAAAGCCCCCAUACAAGUUAAUGAAUGAUGGCUUAUGUGGCUCUGCAAUCUUAUUUACA